AUGUUUGUCCCUCGACACUUCGCCAAAUCUGUACCUCCAUUCUGCAAGUCCAGACGACUAGACCUCCGUUUUGGCACCCCCGCCCUCUCCGCCUGCAUGUAUUUAUGCCGUCGGGCAUGUGAACACGACACCGGCUUCGAACAUUCCGCGGCCUCGUCACAAUCAAAUUAUUUUAAAAGUAGUUCCAGUUGCCUCUGCACCAUGGCGCAUCAGAUCGUGGCCGCCGAUACUUUGCAAGAGGCGCCCAAACUUUUGAGCAUGACACACAAACACCUCUAG